UGUGGCAAAAAGGCCACUCCCUGAAGGACAAGAACGAGAUCAUCAUGAACGGACGAGGCAAACGGGUGCAGGCUGAGGAGACCGACCAGCCCCACGCGAACAAGCAGCAGAAGAUGACGGACUGGUGCUUGGACUGCAAGGCCGUGCUGCAGGUCGCCUGCCUCGGUGCCCACCGUGUGCUGGACAUGGACGCUGCGGAGAAGGACGCCCAGGCCAAGCUGCAGGCUGCGCUUCAGGAGGCGGCUCUGCAGCAGGCGAACCUGGACGCCCUGACCGCAGCCCGCGUGCUCACGGGCCCCGUCCUGGAGGCUGAAGUCGCCAGGGUGGACGAAAGCAACAUGGGCUGGUCCGUCGCGGGCGGCGACAUCCGCAUCGCGCUGGCCGCCACCAAGGAGCUCACCGGCGAGGACGAGAAGGCGCUCUGCGCGGCGCUCGAAGAAGUGGAAGUGGCGUACGAAGUAGACGAGGCAGAGUCCACCAUAGCUUGGACGGACAUCGAGCUAGACGCACUCAGUGGCCUCAUGGACAAGCUGCCCGACUGCGUGGAGGGCCAGGCGGCGGGGAAGGGCGACGUGCUUCUGAGCGCAGCCGGGCGCCUGGAGGUCUUUUUCAGGGACAUGCCGUCCAGGGGAGAGCCGGGCAUGAAGAUGUUCGGCCGCGUGGAGGACGGCCUGGGUGCCCUGGAAGGCAGUGGCUGCGACGGUCGCGACGACGAAGUGUCCAGGCAGGCUACAAGGAUAAUUGCGUAACCCAGAGCGUGGACUGCUUCUGCAGGGGCGUCGAGCCCGGCACCACCACCCUUAGCAACGUGCAGUUUGAGGUGGAAGGAUGCCAAUGAAGUGUCAAUAGGAACAGGCGCUCGAUUUUACUUUAUCAACUUCUUCAGUAUUCUCCGUGUUUUUAAGACGAAUUGUGUUGAGAUUUUAGGAUGAGCGGAGUGGGCUUUUUAAAUUUUUCAUUGCUGCAGUCAUUUUACGAUGUUCGUUUCCACUAACGUUCCCUCAAUUGAUCGAUUGUUUCCGUUUAUCUUUUUACUCAUGUAAUUUCAUUUCAUUUAACCUUGAAGGAAGUGAAAACCCUUGCUUCUACUAUGUACUGGUACUUAAUUAAAAACCUUUUAAAAAUA